AUGGAGGACGUAGUGCAAUUGCAAACGCAUUCAUGUGACCAAUGCCAGAAGGUCGUAUUCGAUCUCCGCCAGGGAUUUGAAAAGUCGGCGAAGGCAGUUUAUGACCUCGCGGGCCAGUUGGAGAGAGGACCCCUUGGUGCGAACCCCCAACCAGAGACUAAUCAACCGAAUGAGAACAUGGCUGAAAAAGGCGCCUUGUUCGAUGUCACGUUUGGUCAAUUUUGCGCCGGCGCAGCGGCUGGGUGUCAGCUGUUCAACUGGGUUAUGGACGACGAGUGGAUCUCCCGGGAGACAAUUCAUAGUCUUGCUCGAAGAGAUCUGAAUAUCGAUGACCCAAACCACACCCUAGGGUGGGCCUUCAGAGAUUCGUCGCUGUGGUUUGAUGGAUGGCUCCCCAAGCCAUGCCCAGCAAACACACUACAUAAAAUUCAUCCCAGCCUAGGAGACUCUUUAAACCAUUGUCGGCUAUGGGCUUCGACGUACCAAGGCACCGGAAACCCGCUUGAUAUUGAGCAUAUCCAGUUCUUCGGCUUGUGGGACCCCAUAACCCAAAAAAUUGUUUACCGAACAAGACAUGGGUUUCAAGUCUUCGCCCUACCUGGAGAUCGCUGCUCGAGCACCGUCUCGAACAGGCCCAUUGCCAGAUACCCGGGCUCAGUCACAAAUCUUGUGAGAAUCUCUUCGUGGCUGAACGACUGCCUGGAACAUCACAAUUGCAAAACCAAGCCGGGUGUAAUGCCCGCGCGGCUCGUCGAAAUUACAGGCACAUGCGAAACUAUCAGGUUGCGACUCCGCCAGACGGGAGAAGUAGGCCGCGUUCCGUUUGCCGCCCUUAGUUAUUGCUGGGGUGGUGAACAGCCUAUGAAGUGCGACAGCUCCAAUAUUAUUUUGUAUGGAACUGCGAUUCCGUUCGAGAAGCAACCGCAAACCAUCAAAGAUGCCGCAAGAGUCUGUCAGGGAAUAGGAUUGCAGUACCUUUGGAUAGAUGCGCUUUGUAUCAUCCAGGAUAAUGCGACUGACAAAGCUGUUGAGAUUGCCAAAAUGACCUCCAUCUAUGGCAGCGCUACGGUCACGAUUGUGGCAGCCCGAUCGUCGUCGGCCACCGACGGGUUUCUGGGGGAAAGAUUUCCUGGCCCUAGAAAAGGCGCUCUUGUCCCGUAUCGCUGCUUCGAUGGUGAACUUGGUUCUAUCACUCUCGUCAAGCUCGAUGGCGGAUUUGAAUCGGUAGAGCCAAUCGACGAAAGAGGCUGGACCCUUCAGGAGCGGUUGUUAUCCUCUAGGAUCAUUGAGUUCGGCUCUCGGCAGACGAGAUGGAUAUGCCCAGCAACAAGGUCUUCGGGCUUCUCCCGCGAAGGAUUAACGGACGGCUGGAAGAGGGACGUGAACUACAGCAGCAAGAGAAAGACAGAAUCAUUGGACCUCGAGAAUAUCGGCGCCGCCAAAUCCACGAUUGACUUCUAUGGCCGACCAAGGAACAGCCAAUUCAAGCAGUAUGUAAAUGCUAUGCAGCAUUGGGAGAAAAUAUGCGAAACAUUCACUGAGCGAGCGUUGACACUCUCGUCUGAUCGCGCCUUGGCCAUCUCUGGAAUCGCACAAAUCUUCUCUGAAUUGUCCGGGGAUCACUACAUUGCUGGUCUCUGGAAGUCGUACUUCCACUCGGGGCUGCUGUGGAAGAUUGAACACAGCUAUGUGCAUCCCAAGAACAUACCCCGGCCAACAACCUACCAAGGCCCUUCAUGGUCGUGGCUCUCUGUGAACGGGCCCGUCCAAUUUGGCCAAGUGUGCAGGCCUUCCGAAUGCGUUGCAGAGAUCCUCAGCUGCGAGACGGAGCCUGCAAACGAAACAGCACCGUUCGGCUUGAUCCGUGAGGGCUCUGGCCGACUGGUGUUAGCUGCUCGUACUGCUCCAGCGACGAGAACCAAGACACCGUUGAGAUCUCCCGGAAAAUUCAAAGAUGAGGUUACGAUUCUAGGCUUUGGCAAGUCCUUCGGCAAGCCCUUCGUCUGCUACGUUAAUGCCGAGAUGCACUGUGAUGUUCAAGAGGCAGAGAUCGACGCGGUAGAGCAAGCCGCUGGCUGUCUAGUUGUGGAGAUCACUCGGAGGACUGACAGGGACAACAAACUGUGUUGCCAGGGUCUAGUUCUUCGAUGGAGCUCUCCGGAGAGGAAAACAUACUCCCGCGUCGGACGGUUCACCUACUACGGUGACCGGACGGGACGCCUUUUCGCAGAGCAUGUCAAAGCCGGGCAGUUUGCAGAGGUGGAAUUUGACUGGUUUGCGGAUGAGCCGAAGGUCAUAGAGAUCAUCUGA